AUGGAAGAGGACAUCGAACUAGAGCGGCUUCGGAAAUCCGUCGUCAACCCACCAGACACAAGAGGAUUAAGUAAACGGCUUCAUCGACGAACGCGUCGAGCACACGCCUAUCACGAGACACAGAACUUGCAUAUAAAUCGUCUCAUUCAAGUGGCCGAGGACCCGACUUCAACAAGGAUAUUAGACGAUCGAGUCGACUCAUCAGCUGCUCACGUCAAAGCCGCCAUAUACCUUUCUAUCUAUGGCACGAUCCUUGUCGCCGUGCUGCAGAUCUACGCAGCGGCAACGACUCGCUCCUUAUCUCUCUUCGUGACCAUGGCGGAAAGUUGCUGCGAGGCAGUCAGUAACAUCGGUCUUGAUUAUUUGCAUAGGAAAUCGAGGAAGCUUAGCGAUUCGACCCGCUGGCCGGCGGGCGCUGGACGACUCUGUAAUGCCAGGAAUAUCUGCUUUGCCUUUGCCUUGAUGGCUGUGUCGCUGGUCUUGGCUGUCGAGUCGAUCCGCGCUCUCGCGAGCCCGGACCACGAGCUGGGAACAUUUCACGUCGCGGCUAUCAUCGCCGCUGCGUGUGGAUUCGGAAUCAAGCUCUUCCUGGCCGUCUAUUGCUUCAUCUUCCGUCGACACAGUAGUCAAUUGGAAAUGCUGCGGGAAGACAACCGAAACGACUGCUUCGAGUACGGGUUCGCGAUAUUCACCUCUGCCGCUGGGGCUAAGUUAGGCUGGUGGGUGGAUCCGGCUGGUGCGUUACUUAUCGCUUUUGUUAUUAUCGCCACCUGGAUUCGCACGGUUUAUUCGGAGUUUAUGGAGCUUUGUGGACUUGGAGCUGAGCCCGCCUUGGUGCAGGAGAUCGUGUUCUUGACACUGAGGCAUUCGGAUUUGAUUUUGAAGGUGGAUACGGUGAAUGCGUAUCACUGGGGUGAGGAGUUGUUUGUUGAGGUGGAUAUCGUCAUGGCGCCUGAGCGGAGCCUGAGAGAGGUCCAUGAUGUCUCGCAGGAGCUGCAGGAUAAGCUUGAGACGGUUGAAGGCUUUGGGAGGGCUUUUGUGCAUGUUGAUUACGGCGAUGAAGGUAGCGAACAAUAUGUAAUGGAACCUGUGGAGAAUUCUAUCGAGAAGACCGAUAAAGUGCAGGUGAUGGGAAAUCCUGUCACUAAAUAUGCUCCGCUGCAAUACCAAGAGCUUGGCUUCGGUGCCAAGCGAGGCGAAGCCAGAAAGCACCGCAUUGAUUAA